AUGGCUUAUAUUCAGAUUGUCAUUGUCGGUGCUGGAAUUGCGGGUCUGGCCACAGCCAUCAGUAUAUCCCAGAAGGCGAAGCACGAAAUCCUCAUUCUCGAGAGCAGCCCUGUCCUGACCGAAGCUGGAGCGGGCGUCCAAAUCAAUGCAAGCGCUUCACGCCUGCUCAGCAACUGGGGUUUGAAAGAGCAUUUUGAGGCCGUAGCCACCCGCCCAGACUUCCUUGAGAUCAGACGGUACGCCGACAACGAAUUGCUAGGUCUGAUCCCUUCCAACGUCAAACGUUAUUCGGAGCGAGUGAGGGGCUCUCCACAUUGGCUCGUUCACCGAGUCGAUUAUCAGAGGAUCCUUGCCGAUGCCGCUAUAGCGAACGGGGUCAAGAUUCGGUUCGGGCAAAAGGUCGCAAACAUAGACAUCGAAAAUGUCAAGAUCAUGCUAGCAGAUGGAAGCACCGUGAGGGCCGAUUUGAUUAUUGGUGCCGAUGGCAUCCAUUCAAGGGUGCGACGAUCUAUACCCGCGCUGACAGAAUACGUCCCAAGGAAAACAGAGAACUUCUGUUACCGCGCAUUGAUUCCACGUGAGAAUAUGAUGCACAAUGCCGCGACCCGCAGUUUGAUUGACAUUCGGAAUCAGCAGGCGUGGGCUGGUCAGGACACGCAUAUCGUUGCGUACCCGAUAGCUAACGGCAAACUCUACAAUAUGGUGAUGAUGGUCCCUAACCAGGGAGAAGCACCUUUGGCAAAGUACAACGAGCCAGGCGACGUCGUUGAAAUGCGGAAAGUAUUCAAGGAUUACAACGACACAGUUAAAGCAGUGUUGGACGCUGUGGACAGCUGCGCGAAGUGGACAAUUGCAGAGCUACCUCCAUUACCUACCUGGUCAAGUGAGAAUGGACGGGUUGUCCUUGUGGGAGAUGCCUGCCACGCCAUGUCACCACAUGCUGCAUCUGGCGCUACGGCCUCACUGGAAGACGCCGAAAUCCUGGGUCUAUGCCUGGCGACUUGGCAGAAUGUCGAAGACCUACCAAGGGCAUCAACAGAGUACGAACACCUUCGCAAACCCCGUUGUGAACGAGUCCAGGAAAUCUCCCGCGAGAAUGGGACGACGUUCUCAAUGCCGGACGGGCCCGCCCAACGCGCAAGAGAUCAAGCAUUCCGGGCUCAAAGGAUCGCCUUGGAGAAACAGCUGGCAGAAGAUGCACCGUUGGUGGUUCCAGAGGAAGACAUGACCAAACAAUAUCCACAUCCAUCGGUUGUGCAAUGGCUUGUUGGGCACAAUAUCACGGAAGAAGCACAGGCGUAUCUACGACGGCGAUCUUGA